AUGACGCUGCGCCGUGUGGUGCUUUGCGUGUGGGUCCUCGUGCUUUGCUGGUGCAACACGCCCCUCUGCGUGACGGCUGCUGCGGCAGGUGUGGAGUCCGUGGAGCCUCCAUCGGCAGCGAAGACGGCGGAUGCGGCGCGGGAAGCGGAAGGCGCCGUGAGUGCGGCCCAGACGGCGGCUUCAGAGGCACUGCAGGCAAGAGAUGCCGCUGGGGAUGCGGUGCUGGAAGCGUCGCCCGCAGUGAAGAACGCGGAGGAAGCCGCGAAGUAUGCAGAGAUGGCGCUGGGGAAGGUGAAGGAGGCACACACGAUAGCUUCAAAAAAGGAAGACGUGCGUCUGGCGGAGAGAAGCGCCCAGGAGGCAGUAAGGCAUUACCAGAUUGUGGCAGAGAAAGCCAAUCAGGCGGUGUCAUUUGUGGAAAAGAUUGUCAGACUGUCUCUGAAAGCAUCGGAGAGUGCCAAGAGGGCGGCCGCUGCGGCUGCUGAGGCGAGUAAAAUGUCCGCAGCAGCAGCAGCACAAAAAGCCAAGGAGGCGGCAGCAGUGCCGGAGGCGGCAGCGGCUGCCAAUAAGGCUGCGGCAAGUGCGGAGAGUGCUGCUGAGAAUGCCCAGAAGGCGGCGAAACUGGCCGAUGAGGCAGUGAAGAAAUGUGAAGAGGCAAUGAAAAACAGCCGGGCUGCAGGAAGACUUGCCAGUGAGACAGAGCAGGGCGCUAAGAAGUUGGAGGAAAGCGCUCAGGAGUUAAAUAAAAAAGCUGCGCUUGUAACUUCAUCCCAUGGGACCAGUGUCAAACAUGUGGAUCUUGAGAGGAGUGCCAGUGCGGCACUGACAGACGCUGAGAACACAAAAAAGAAGGCGGACCAAGUCGUGGUGGAGGCGAAGGCUGCAGCAAAGAUCACUGAGGAUGUUGUGAGUGAUGCUACGGAUGUCGCAACUCUCGCAGAAUCGGCAGCGAAGUAUGCUCUGGCUGCAAUGAAUCAAGCCAUGGAAGCGAAGGCCGCAGCGGAGGCUUUGCCGACGCAGUCUCAGACGAAGUUGGCGAAGGUGCCGGCAGAGGUGGAGGAGGUGCCGAAGGGAACUGCGCACAGCCCUAUUCCUCCUGCUUCCGCUGCUGCUGGUGGUGUUGAGCCUUCGCAACCCAAAGCGGCAGCCCCGAAGGCGGAUGCGCCAGCAAACCAUGUGGAAGCACCUCUCUCUCCGAGUAAGGACAUGACCGCAGGGAUGGAGACUUUCGUGAAAGGCCCCGGGACGAGUGGACUGCAAGACAGUGGCAAUGCGGACAGCAGCGGUAGCCCUCUCUGGGUGUGUGCACCGCUUCUGCUGCUUCUGUUGAUGGUGGAAUCUCUUGGCUUGACGACUGCGUGGUAA